CUUCCCCCUCCCCGCCUUCGGCUCGCUCCGCCUUUCUGUCCCCCACCCCCACCACACGGGUUCGGGCCAUUCCCGGCCAGGAAACGCCGUGGCGCCGCGUUGGGCCUAACUCGAGUCUUGCUGCUUCCCGGGAGUGCCGUGCACCGCAGCCCGGGCCCAGGCCCCGGCCGCGCCUGGGACAAGGUCUUCAGAACUACUGGUAGAUAAUUUGGGGGACUUCAUAUUCAGUGGUCUAUAUACAGGAUUCCUCAUGUCCAUAAGAUGUUGGCUGAGGCUCUACGGCUCGCCCCCACUCUCAGAGUGGUCAGUCUCCAUUAAUUGGACCCCGUGAUUUUCACUCUCUGCUGUGUGGACGUCAUGAGCAUUGCAAUCCCUCUGGGAGCCACCACACCAGAUACAUCUUACUCAGAUAUGGCUGCUGGAUCAGACUAAGAACAGCUUUAGGAAUUCAGAGUUUGUCGAAAAGCCUAAUCCCUAAAAUAGACUCAAUUCUUGAAGAAUUUAAAUGCCAAAUGACAAUGAAGAAAGGAAGUGGAAGCCCCCUACCUUUCAAGACGAAGUGGCACUACACCAGGAUGUGAAAGUCCAGCGAAAGAGACCCAAGGGGCCUAGGGGGCAGCACACCCCCAGAAGCCAAGUCUAUUCCAGGCAGUACCAGGGAUUAGGGUCUGGGCUGGAGAAAUCCUGGUGUUUUGAAUAUGUUCAGGUCCAGUUCAGACUCUUGAUCCCACAGCCACUUCUUGAGUGAGACUUGCACAUGAAGUGCAUAUGUUCAUAUUUACCCAGUUUGGAGAUGGGUAAGAUAUAACCAACAUAGCUCCAUCUCCAUGGCCAUCUUAUUUCAUGCAACUUUUCUUUUUACCGCCCCUCCUAAAAAAUCCAUUUCUAAUAAACAGCUGUCAUGUUUCACUCCAUAUGUUUAAUGGCACAAAAUCGCCUGUAUAAAAUAUGUACAACUCUCUGGAAUAUUUGUUGAUAUAGUAAUGUACCUGGUAGAUUAACUACAAAUUCAUUACUUUCUUUUAAGUGUCCAUCAUAGAAACUAAAUUCUAUUUUCAUUUUAUUAAUGCUUGUCUGCCUUUGGUUUCAUUUAGAAAACCCCACCUGUUUCCUAAUACUGAGAGCUGAUUGCCUCCCAGUGAGCCAUGUUCAGAUCAUCUUUUUCUCAAGAAUACUGACCUGCAUUCUUGAUGUAACCCCCUCCCAGAUCCCAUCUUAUAGACACUGUCAAGUAAUAAAAUGCAUGCACUUCACUAACAGAGAAUACUUUCCUGUGUCUAAAGUUCUUCUCCACCUAGAAAUUACCUUUGCUGUUAUUAAUAAGAUCCCUUGUCACAGUUUUGGAGCAUAAAACUGGGUGAGUUGGAUAUAUAUCUUAGCAUUUUCUUUUAUCCCUCACUUCUCAAUUGAUGUGCCAAAUUUAAGUGCAUACUUUUUUCUGCUGAAAAUUUGGGUAUAUUAAAGCAGGAAAAAUGUCUUAUUUUAAGCAGAGUAUGCAUUAGUUGAUUCCUUAGAAGAUCAGAAACUGAUCUCUUGAAGUUUGAGUUAUACUGGUCCUUGAAGUUUCUAAUUUGUGUAUCUCUGUUGUAGUUGAUUUGAAUUACCGAUAAUUCAUUUUCAGUUCUGUCAAUUUACACAAUUACAUUCCUUAAUUGUUUUUCAAAAUUUCCUAAAACACAACGAAGUACUAUUAAAAUUGAAGAUCUCUUUUUUUUCCCAAAAAAUUUGUAUUUUAUCUUUGGCCAUCUAUGCCUUUUUAGUACAAAGGCUUACAUUAAGUUUGUAGAUUAAGAUACAUUUGUAAAUCUUCUAUAAUAAUAAAUUGUGCUUCGGUCACUUGUUUUCCACUCAUUGAGGAUACAGAAAGAUCCUGAACCAAGUUUCUUACUGGACCUGCUUAAAAAACGGUCUUAAGUAAUUUCUUUAAAGGUAGAAUGUUACCUAUUUUCCAAAUAAAGCAUAAUGCAGAAGGUACGGGCUUUAGAGUCAGACAUGUUUUGAAUCCUGGGCUCUCAGUGUGUGACCUUGGGGAAGCCAUAAAAUCUCACCACCACAACUUCCCCUUCUGUGGAAAUGAACUGCUGUUUAUUAAGCAGAAUUAAAUGAACAAAUAAAUAUAUAAACCAAAUAAUAGGCAAUUCACUGUUACUGCUGUUAACUGUUUUGAAGUCCUAUGGUUAUUACCAUGCAGCUAUUAAAUAAUUGUUUCCUCAUAUGCUUGCAUGUCAUUGGUGGAUGAGAAAUUAUUACUCUUAACAUGUGAAAGGUGUUUGGGGGUUGGUCAGGAUGAGAGGUGUGAUAAAUAUAAGAUGCCAUUGUUUUUACCUGUACUUUCUUCAGGGUAUCCUGUCUUGGUAGUGAAUGGAAGAGGGCCUGGUCCCUGGGGCAGUGCAGAAGGCACUUUCAUCAUCUCACUCACUGCAAAUGUCAUGUGAGGUUUCAUGGAAGUAUUAAGAGAUCCAAUUAAGAAGAAUAGUUCUGAGUCUAAACCAGCCCAGAGUGGCUUCUCUAGGGGAAACUUCCCGCUCAGCUGCCCUGAAUCUGUGGAGGCUAGUCCAGCAGUUAAUGAGAAGAGCGUGUAUUCCACUCAUAAUUAUGGGACCACUCAGAGGCAUGGGUGUCGAGGACUGCCUUACGCUGAUCAUAAUUACGGAGCCCCUCCUCCUCCGACACCUCCUGCUUCUCCCCCUGUCCAGACGAUCAUCCCUCGUUCUGACCUGAAUGGCCUGCCGUCGCCCGUAGAGGAACGCUGUGGAGACAGCCCGAACUCUGAAGGAGAGACUGUUCCUACCUGGUGUCCUUGUGGUCUUUCUCAGGAUGGCUUCCUUCUCAACUGCGACAAGUGCAGGGGAAUGAGCAGGGGGAAGGUUAUUAGACUUCAUCGGCGGAAGCAGGACAACAUAUCAGGUGGGGAUAGCAGUGCAACAGAAAGCUGGGAUGAGGAGCUUUCUCCUUCCACUGUGUUGUAUACAGCAACACAGCACACACCUACAAGCAUCACCCUAACUGUUAGAAGAACCAAACCCAAAAAGCGAAAAAAGAGUCCAGAAAAGGGUCGUGCAGCACCAAAGACAAAGAAGAUCAAGGCAUUUCGAGAGGGAUCCCGGAAGUCCUUGCGGAUGAAGAAUUCGCCCUCUGAAGCACAGAAUUUAGAUGAGAAUACAACUGAGGGCUGGGAAAAUCGGAUAAGACUAUGGACUGAUCAGUAUGAAGAAGCUUUCACUAAUCAGUACAGUGCAGAUGUACAGAACGCCCUUGAACAACAUCUACAUUCUAGCAAGGAAUUUGUGGGAAAGCCUGCUAUUUUAGACACUAUUAAUAAGACUGAAUUGGCCUGUAAUAAUACAGUUAUUGGUUCACAAAUGCAGUUACAGCUGGGAAGAGUCACUCGAGUUCAAAAGCACCGAAAAAUCUUGAGAGCUGCAAGAGAUCUGGCUCUGGACACUCUUAUCAUAGAGUAUCGUGGGAAAGUCAUGUUGCGACAGCAAUUUGAAGUCAAUGGGCAUUUCUUCAAAAAACCAUAUCCCUUUGUGCUCUUCUACUCAAAAUUCAAUGGUGUAGAGAUGUGUGUGGAUGCCCGUACUUUCGGUAAUGAUGCACGGUUCAUCAGAAGAUCAUGUACACCGAAUGCAGAGGUGCGACACAUGAUUGCAGAUGGAAUGAUUCACCUGUGUAUCUAUGCUGUGUCUGCUAUCACCAAGGAUGCUGAAGUGACCAUUGCAUUUGAUUAUGAGUACAGUAACUGUAAUUAUAAAGUGGACUGUGCGUGUCACAAGGGAAACCGGAAUUGCCCUAUUCAAAAAAGAAAUCCCAAUGCUGCAGAACUGCCGCUCCCAGCUCCUCCAAGCCUACCCACCGUUGGGGCUGAGACUAGACGUAGAAAAGCACGGAGGAAAGAGCUAGAGAUGGAGCAGCAGAAUGAGGCUUCAGAGGAAAAUAGUGACCAGCAACCACAAGAAGUUCCAGAAAAAGUAAAUGUAUCCAGUGAUCAUGAGGAAAUAGACAAUCCAGAGGAAAAACCAGAAGAAGAGAAAGAAGUUACAGAAGAUGUGGAGAACCCAGCUCAUAGCAGGAGGACACGGGAGGAUAGGAAAGUUGAGGCCAUCAUUCACGCUUUUGAAAACUUAGAAAAAAGAAAGAAGCGACGGGAUCAGCCGUUGGAACAGAGCAGCUCUGACAUAGAAAUUACUACCACUUCAGAAACUCCUGUUGGAGAAGAAACAAAAACUGAAUCCCCUGAAUCUGAAGUUAGCAACGCAGCUUCAAACAUUUCCAUCCCAAGCACCCCACAGAAUAUUGGUGUGAAUACUCGGAGGUCUUCCCAAGCAGGGGAUGUUACUGCAGAAAAACCAGUCCCCAAAGCACCUCCAGCAAAGCCAUCUAGGCCCCGACCGAAGAGUCGAAUUUCUCGGUACCGGACCAGUUCAGCCCAAAGACUAAAGCGUCAGAAGCAGGCCAGUGCACAACAGGCAGAGUUGUCACAAGUUACCUUGGAAGAGGGGACAAAUAACAGCUCAGCAACUCCCACUGAAGCUGGAAGUACAGACACUUUAGGAGAAAACAGACAGUUAACAGGAUCCGACCCAACUGUGGUGUCAGUUCCGGGAUCCCAUGUCAAUCGUACUGCAUCGAAGUACCCCAAAACCAAAAAGUAUCUAGUUACAGAAUGGUUGAAUGACAAAGCAGAGAAGCAAGAGUGCCCUGUUGAGUGCCCUUUACGUAUCACCACAGACCCAACUGUACUGGCAACAACCCUGAACAUGUUACCUGGUCUUAUUCAUUCCCCGUUAAUUUGCACCACUCCCAAACACUACAUUCGCUUUGGCUCACCCUUUAUGCCUGAGAGACGUCGAAGACCCCUUUUGUCUGAUGGCACAUUCAGCUCCUGUAAAAAGCGCUGGAUAAAGCAAGCAUUGGAAGAAGGGAUGACUCAAGCAUCAUCUGUACCCCAAGAGACUAGAACUCAGCACCUAUACCAAAGUAAUGAGAAUAGUAAUUCCUCUAGUAUCUGCAAAGACAAUGCAGACUUGUUGAGCCCAUUAAAGAAAUGGAAGUCUCGCUAUCUGAUGGAACAGAACGUUACCAAGUUACUUCGACCUCUGUCUCCAGUUACACCACCCCCUCCUGGCUCAGGCUCAAAGAGCCCCCAGCUGACCACACCUGGCCAGACUCACCCAGAGGAAGAAUGUCGAAAUGGAUACAGCCUCAUGUUCUCACCAAUCACAUCUCUUACUACUGCUAGUCGCUGCAACACUCCUCUGCAGUUUGAGAACAUAUCCUCCCCUGAGAGUUCCCCUGCGCAUAGGCCCGAGUCCCUGUCACCCGAGCUUUGUCACCGAAAAGACCUGGACUUGACCAAAGUAGGCUCUCUCGAUUCCAACACUAACAGCUGUGCCGACAGACCUUCCCUGCUCCACUCGGGUCCUUCGGACCUGGCUCCGCAUCCCUCCGGUGGGCCUGCCUCAGAGACUGCAUUCACAAGCAGGAGUGGGGACGGACACCAGCCCCUCCUGAGAAACUCGGACCAGGCGUUUCGGACAGAGUUCAACUUGAUGUAUGCCUACUCCCCUUUAAACGCUAUGCCUCGAGCAGAUGGAUUGUAUAGAGGGUCUCCCCUCGUGGGGGACAGGAAACCCUUACAUUUGGACGGAGGAUAUUGUUCCCCUGCUGAAGGGUUUCCCAGCAGAUAUGAACAUGGCUUUAUGAAAGAGCUCUCUCGUGGAUCCCUGUCACCUGGUGGUGAAAGGACCUGUGAAGGAGUCCCGUCUGCCCCCCAGAACCCCCCACAGAGGAAAAAGGUAUCCCUGCUAGAGUACCGGAAACGAAAGCAGGAAGCCAAGGAGAAUUCUGCCAGUGGGGGAGCUGACUUGGCACAGCACAAAAGCAAGUCUUCAGGGGCCGGGCAAGGCAGCAGCGACACUGCUUCUGAUGCCAGUGCCCAUGGCACUCAAGGAUCCUCAGCCCGAACCCCAUCAUCCCCUCACACAAAAUUCUCCCCAUCUCAUUCUUCUCUGUCCCAUCUGGAGGCAGUAAGCCCAUCAGACUCCAGAGGCACUUCUUCAUCUCACUGCAGACCUCAAGAGAGUAUCAGCAGCAGGUGGAUGGUUCCCACAUCAGUGGAGCGACUCCGAGAAGGAGGGAGCAUUCCUAAAGUCCUCCGGAGCAGUGUGAGAGUGGCCCAAAAAGGGGAGCCCUCUCCCACAUGGGAGAGUAACAUCACAGAGAAAGACUCAGAUCCUACAGAUGGAGAAGGUCCAGACACACUGAGCUCAGCACUCUCCAAAGGAGCAACCGUUUACAGCCCUUCCAGAUACAGCUACCAGCUCCUGCAGUGUGAUAGUCCAAGGACAGAGUCACAAAGCCUCCUUCAGCAGAAUUCCUCCCCCUUUAGAGUACAUCCCACUCAGUCUCCAGGAUACAGUUAUCGAACUACUGCACUGAGACCUGGAAACCCCCCCUCCCACAGCUCUUCAGAAUCAUCCCUGUCUUCAGCAUCCUAUCCCAGCCCUGCCCACCCUGCGACCACAGACUCCUUGGCCCCAUUUACGGGGACACCAGGGUAUUACAGCAGCCAGCCACAUUCUGGAAACAGCACUGGCAGCAAUCUUCCAAGGAGGAGCUGUCAUUCUAGUGCUGCUAGCCCUACUCGGCAGGGCCCUUCGGACUCGCCAACCUCAGACUCAGUUUCUCAGUCCAGCACAGGAACUUUGGGUUCCACCUCCUUUCCUCAGAACUCUAGGUCGUCAUUGCCGUCAGACUUACGGACUAUCAGUCUGCCCAGUGCUGGGCAGUCAGCUGCCUACCAGGCCUCCAGGGUAUCUGCGGUUUCCAAUUCACAGCACUACCCACACCGCGGGAGUGGGAGUAUGCACCAGUACCGUCUCCAGCCACUGCAAGGCUCAGGAGUCAAGACUCAGACAGGACUCUCCUAGGGCUUCUGGAUAUGGGCAGCCUGAACUGAACGGGCCCAUAGCUGCUUCCCUCCAGCUGCCUCUGGAACCUCGGCGAGCAUACUGCUGGGGAGGGGCUACAAGGCACCAGAGGAUUGGGUCUGGUCGACAAGAAACAAGACUUGUGGUCGUGACUGGCCUCUGGCCUUGGAGAAAGAUGUAAAACUUGUCUGAAGCAAAGACUAUAAAGAAGUUUCUCCCUGCUGUUAAGGGUACCUUAUUGACAAGCAAAUGGUGUUUCAGUUAGUAACGGUUCUAAGUGCAAUGAGUUGUGUUGAAGCCUCUGUCUCCCAUCCUUGCCUGUAGCCAGUAGUCACUUGUGCAGUGAAGACAUCUUUUUAAAUUUUAAAGAAGUUUUUAUUUCAGAGGAAAAAAGUGAGAAAAGCCAAUCUCAAAGCCCCAAGGCAUCCAAGUAGUGUUAGGGUUUUAUGCACUUAAGGAAAAAAAUGGUAGGUAUGUAAGUGUUCAUCCUAAAAGAACCAUUCCAAAAGCAGAUGUCUGGCUAAGGUGUGUCCACCCAGAGUACUCCUUACCUUUGUCUUAAAAUCACCAGGAAAUAGGCAGGGAUAUUAAAGCUUGGAGCUUGCUCUGACUGAGGGGUACGUGGCUCUCCGAAAAAGAGCUCAUGGUCAGCUCUUCAUUACUUGGGAGCAGAUUACCUGAGAUUAACCCCCAGAUGUUAACAUCCCAUUCCUCCUUCCCACACUGUUUCACAGAUUCCAAACCCUCGGAGUAAGUAGACCAAGUGGAGUGAAAAGUGAUUCCCAGUGAAGUCAGUUACACCUUUUGGCAACAGAUUUGACAAGGAAGGAUCUCAAGUGGUCUGGGAAUUGCUAGAUUAUCUUUCCUACUCCCAGUUAAUCAGGAGUUGGAUCCCAUGAGUAGAACCGCCUCCAUGAUUGGGGAGCACAUACUGGUGACUGCAGGGUAAGGGUGGAAGGUAGGUUUGUGGAGUGGCACCGACAAGACUGUGAUUGUGCGUGGGCUUGCCCCACUUUUCUUUGGGGGGUGCUUAUGUGAGAGUGGGCCAGUGAGAGAAUUAGCAAGCCACCCACACCCUAACACUGUUCUGGAUGAGAGACGAGCAGACUGGCUUCUCCCCAUCAGUGCAUUGUGCCUGUUGUACACCCCUGGAGGUGCCCUGGAGCAAGCCCAGGCGGGGUACACAAUCUUUUUAAAUUCCAUAUGAUUGCCAGCUUAUUUCUUUCACUUGUUUACUGUAAUAUCUGGUGUGUUUUUAUUUAUCUAAUUUUGUAUUCAGUUAUAACCAUGGUAGGGUAGUAGUACAGGACAGGUGUAAUCCCGGUGCUGCAGUGGACCUGACUUCUUUUCUUUUGGACGAGAUAAUACUGUGAGUCUCCCUCCUUCUGAUUUGUUCCUUUUCUCCAGCCUCUUGUGCCCCUUUCUUUUCAACCUGUCCUACAACUAUCAUAUGCACAGUCUUCUCUCUUCGUGUGUGACUGUUACAAAAUUUCACUUUUCAAAAUUGAAAAUCAGGUGUUUGCUCAAAUGAGGAGAGGUUUUGUUUUGUUUUGUUCUGUUUUUUGUUUUGUUUUGAAAGCUGAGACCUCAGCAGAGUACUCUUUUUAUUUCCUCCACAAGCCCAUCAGUCUGGGAGAGCAUUGGGAGCGGAAAUCAUGUUGCCUGGGAUGCCGGUUUCUUUGUAUAUUAUAUAAAACGUAUGUAAAUGUCUCUCCAUUUGGGCUGGGGUUUGCAUUCUCCCCUUGGAUGUUAACCAAGGGGUGAGGCCAGCGGGCAGGCGGCCCUCACCCUGCCUGACACGCGCAGAGACCCCAGCCACUCUGUGUGGGCAGGGUGCUGUCAAGACCAGACCUCCUGGGGGGUGGGGGGGCUCUUGGAAGGAAAGAAGCGUCACUUCUUUCUCAAGUGGAGUGUUUACACCUUGCUGUAACAUUUGAACUUUCACAAGAGAUGUAAUAAUUUUGAUAAUAAAAUUCUUAACCAUGAUAAUCAUAAA